UACGCCAAUCCUUUCGAUAGUUUUGACAAAAUGUUUAUCGUUCCUCACGUAAAUUUACCAGCAAUUUUUGUUGGAGCAGCAAUUGAACACGUAGCAGCUGCCUUAAUAUAUGGACCGCUAUUGGGUAAUAAGUGGACAAAGGCAAUGAACGAAGAUAAACAUACAGAUAAAUGGUUUCCAAGAAACGUAGAAACCAUGAAGUAUAGGUUCAUCGGCGCGUUCAUUUUAUCAAUAUUGCAAUGUUAUUUUACAGGUUUACUUUUGAAUUUGACCAACGUUCAAACGAAUACUCAAGCAUUUCAAUUAGGAAUGAUUUUAUUCUUGGGAUGGGUCAUUCCUGAUCUUGGUACCCAACACAUUUGGGAGUCAUGGCCUAGUACUUUGGGAUACAUUAAAGCAUUGAGGAUGUUUAUUAAUACUGUUAGUGUUUCUAUUGCAAUGUUCAACUGGGGUACUAGGUAGAAGAUUAUUUUAUAAGUUACAUGUUGAACAUUAAAAUACCAUUGUCAACAUGAUACAGUAAUAAAAUACCUUAAAUAUUAUUUGGUUUUAAUUCUUGUUUUGAUGGUCUUGAACCAAAAAUAGUACUUCCAAUACGAACAUUAGUAGCGCCUAACUUCAAAGCCUCUUCAAAAUCAUUGGACAUUCCCAUACUUAAUUCUAACUCAAUUCCUCUUGCUUUCUUAAAUUCUUCCUUUAAAUUACUCAACAACUACAAAAAUCAGGAUUUGGUUGGUUUUCAUUAGAAUAAUCUCUAUUAAGAGCUCCAAUAGUCAUUAAACCCAUUAAUUCUAAUUUAUUACAAUUAUCUUGAAUAUGAUUUAAUACGUCUAAACAUUCUCCU